UCAGCCGGGCUGCCUCAUGGUCCCCGAAGCCGUGCGCCGGGCGGAGGCUCCUGCGGCCGCUGGGCCCACGGGGAUGCCCCGCGGGUGAGGCGGCCCCCAGCCUCCAGCCGCGCUCAUGGCGGUGGCCAGGAAGAUCAAAACUUUGCUGACGGUCAACAUCCUGGUGUUCGUGGGCAUCGUCGUCUUCUCCGCCUACUGCCGCCUGCAGGGCCGCUCCGAGCGGCGGGUGCAGGUCGUGCGCGGCGCCGACCACCGGGUGCGCGGCCGGCCGGCCCAGGGGGGCGCGCUGGCCGACCGCGAAGCCAUCCUGCAGCGCCUGGCCCACCUGGAGGAGGUGGUCUACAACCAGCUGAACGGCCUCGCCAAGCCCAUCGGCCUGGUGGAGGGGCCCGGGGGCCUGGGCCAGGGCGGCGUGGCGGCCACGCUGCGCGAGGACAGCCAGGAGCCGGAGAGCAAAUACGAGGAGUACGGGUACAACGCGCAGCUCAGCGACCGCAUCUCCCUGGACCGGAGCAUCCCGGACUACAGGCCCCAAAAGUGCAGACAGAUGACACACGCCACCGACCUGCCCCAGAUCUCCGUGGUGUUCAUCUUUGUCAAUGAGGCCCUCUCUGUCAUCCUGCGCUCUGUGCACAGCGUGGUCAACCGCACACCCUCACGGCUCCUCAAGGAGGUCAUCCUGGUGGACGACAACAGUGACAGUGCAGAGCUCAAGGCCAGUCUGGACCAGUACGUCACCAGGAGGUACCCGGGCCUGGUGAAGAUUGUCCGCAACAGCCGGCGGGAAGGCUUGAUCCGGGCACGGCUGCAGGGCUGGAAGGCGGCCACAGCCCCCGUGGUUGGCUUCUUCGAUGCCCACGUGGAGUUCGGCACCGGCUGGGCGGAGCCCGCACUCACCCGGAUCCAGGAGGACCGCAGGCGCAUCGUGCUGCCGGCCAUCGACAACAUCAAGUACGACACGUUCGAGGUGCAGCAGUACGCCAGCGCGGCCCACGGCUACAACUGGGGCCUCUGGUGCAUGUACAUCAUCCCCCCCCAGGACUGGCUGGACCGCGGCGACGAGGCGGCGCCCAUCAGGACCCCCGCCAUGAUUGGCUGCUCGUUCGUGGUGGACCGGGAGUACUUUGGGGACAUCGGCCUGCUGGACCCAGGCAUGGAGGUGUACGGCGGAGAGAACAUCGAGCUGGGCAUGAGGGUGUGGCAGUGUGGUGGCAGCAUGGAGGUGCUCCCCUGCUCCCGCGUGGCCCACAUCGAGCGCACCAAGAAGCCCUACAACAACGACAUCGACUACUACGCCAAGCGCAACGCCCUGCGGGCGGCCGAGGUGUGGAUGGACGGCUUCAAGUCCCACGUGUACAUGGCCUGGAACAUCCCCAUGACCAACCCAGGGGUGGACUUCGGGGACGUGUCAGAGCGGCGGGCGCUGCGCCAGAGGCUGAAAUGCCGCAGCUUCAAGUGGUACCUGGAGAACGUGUACCCAGAGAUGCGGACGUACAACGACACCCUCACGUACGGAGAGGUGAGAAACAGCAAAGCCAGUGGCUACUGCCUGGACCAGGGAGCAGAAGACGACGACCACGCGAUCCUGUACCCCUGCCACGGGAUGUCCUCCCAGGGCUGUUGUGUCAACCAAAGUGGAUCGUGUGGGAAGGUGUGUGCGGCAGUGUGGACAGAACCUGGGAGGUGUUGAGUUACCACUGGUUCUUACUGGCUGAGCUCCUCCCAAGUGAUCUUCCGUCCGGGCUCAGCUCAGACUCACCCGGGGGGGACCUCACCAACGUGCACGCCGAUGCCCGGACCCCAGGCCAGCGGCACCAGGCGGCUCGGGGCGGGUCCGGUGAUGCCAUCUGGCCCCAAGCAGAUCCGCUGCUGGUACAGGCAGCGCUUCUGUUUACCGGAAGUUGGUGCUUUCCAGCCAAACCCCAGACUGCUUUCCCCGGACGUCCCCCCGCUCCCGAGUCGGAGCCGUGCUCUUGGCUCUCAGACGUCCGUCCGGGGGAAGCCCGCGGUGACCCGUGCCGGCCCAGGCAGCUGGAAUUCGCCGUGUCCGUGAGGCCGCCCGGCGGUUUGUGGCAGGAGAGAGAGGCGAGGCUGUGACGCCGGAGCGGAGAGCAUGGUGCCCCCGCCUCCUCCCGCAGCCUCGUGCCGGGCCCCCCGCUGGCCUCUCCCGGUGCUUCCGCGCGGCAGCUCGGGUCCAGAGAAGACAGUC